AUGUAUGCAAGUGAAUAUGCAAAGUAUGUGCAAGAAUUUCAAUUAAGUGGGAUUUUGCUGGCUGUAGGGUGGUUAGUUGGUAGCUGUAGGGUGGCUGGCAGGAAGCUGGUCGGGGGGGUUGGUUGGGUUGCUGAGAAGGAGUUGGUCAAGGAGUUGGUCGAGUUAGGCCAAGGAGGAUUUGGCAGUGCAUACAAAGGUAAAUUACCUAAUGGUUGUCUAGUGGCAAUGAAAGUCCUGAGUGAAUCCAAGGGGAAUGGAGAGGAAUUUAUGAAUGAAGUGGCUAGCAUUAGUAGAACUUCUUAUGUCAAUAUAGUGACUCUACUUGGUUUUUGUUCUGAGAAAUCAAAAAGAGCUUUGGUUUAUGAAUUUAUGCCCAAUGGAUCAUUGGAUAAGUUCAUAUAUAGGCAAGGAUCUCACAGACGUUGUACCACAAGGAUCUUCCACUUUCACAUAAAAUCUCACAAUAUCCUUUUAGAUGAGAGCUUCUGUCCAAAGAUCUCCGAUUUUGGUCUGUCUAAAUUGUGCAAAAGGAAAGAGAGUACGGUUUCAAUGAAUGGAGCUAGAGGGACAGCCGGAUAUAUUGCUCCAGAAGUGUUUUCUCCAAACUUUGGAGGAGCUUCUCAUAAAUCUCAUGUCUAUAGCUAUGGAAUGAUGGUGAUGGAAAUGGUUGGAGGAAGAAAAAAUAUCGAUCAUCUUGACCAGGAUAUGAAUUUGAGUCUUGAUGGAGUAACAGCUGAGGAGGAAGAAGAAAUAACGCGGAAGCUGAUUGUAGUGAGCCUUUGGUGCAUUCAAUCUGAUCCAACAGCUCGAUCAUCAAUGACCAAGGUUGCUCCAUCCUUGCAAGGGAACCUUCAAUCAUUGGAAAUUCCACCUAGACCUUUUGUAUCUUCUCCAAUUAGAUCCCCUAAAACUGAUUCCACAACACAUACAUGGUCCUUGAUGUAG